AUGAAAAAAAUAAAUAAUUGUUUAAAUAUUAAAUGUAUUGAUGACUCAUUGAAAGGUGCAAUUUUAAAUUGUAGUGAUAUUGGUAAUUAUUAUAUUGGUAGAGGAACAUUUGAACAAUUACAAGAAAAGAAAUGUUCAAGAAAACAAAUUACAAUCACUUUAAAUGAUGAUACUGUUUACAUUUCAUCUACAGGUAUUAAUCCAUCAUACUUAAAGAAAGCAAAUCAAGAAUUUUUUGUUCAAAUGGCAAAAGAUCAAAAUUAUACUUUAGAAGAUGGUGAUUGUUUUUCACUUUUAUUUGAGAUGUAUACAUUUUUAGUCACUUUUCAACCAAUAAAUAAUAAUAAUAAUAAUAAUGAUAAUAAUAAAAGUCAAGAUGAUAAAAAAAGAAAACAAAUUGAUUCACAACAACAGCAACAGCAUCAACAGCAUCAACAACUACAACAACAAAAACAAAAUAAUGAAAAUGAAGAUAUAAAUAAAAAGAAAAAGAUAGAUAAUACUAAUACUAAACCACAAUGUCCUUUUGGUUCAAAAUGUUAUAGAAAGAAUCUUGAUCAUUUAAAUGAAUAUUAUCAUCCAAAUCAGUUAAUAAAUAAUAAUAACAAUAAUAAUAAUAAUAAUGACAGUGAUAAUGAAGAUAGAAAUAAUGAUGAUAAAACAACAAAAACAGGUUCAAAAGUACAAAAUACAGUUCAAUCAACUAAUAAUUUAACAGAUGAUACAAUUAAAACAAAAUCAACAACUUCAAUUAACGAUUUAAAAAAUAAUAAUAAUAAUAAUAAUAAUAAUAAUAAUAAUAAUAAUAAUAAUAAUAAUAAUAAUAAUAAUAAUAAUACAACUUCUGCAAAAACUGCAAACUCUGCUGUAACUAUACCUCAAUCGUCAUCACCAUCAUCAUCAUCAUCAUCAUCAACAACAACAACAACAACACCGGCAACUAAAACAUCAUCAUCAACAUCAUCACCAUCAAUACAACCACAAACAAAAAUAAAUGAAAAUUUUGAUGAAAGUAAUUCAAAUAUUAGUAAAAUUAUUGGACCAAAAUAUAGAAAGAAAAGAUUAACAGAUGCAUUAAAAGAGAGAUCAUUAGCAUUUCCUUUCAUAUCUACUUCAACAUUUGGUUUCAAUAUUGAUGAUGCAACAGAGAUAUCUGCAAAUGCAAUUUCAGAAUAUUUACAUUUUCAUGAAAAAGAAGAUGAUAUUAAAUUAAAAAUGAUGGUAGAGAAAUCUAUUUAUUCUGAUAAUUUAAUUCAAUCAUUUAAAAAGCAUUUUAAUGAUAAAUGGGAUAAAAGGUUUGAAAUUAUUAAAAUUGAAAAUUCAAAUAGUUUAGAACAAUUUAAUUUAGGUUGUAAAUUAUUUGCAACAGAAUCGACAUGGAGAUUAAAGAAAACACCACAAAAUAAACAAUUAUAUGAAAUGUUAGAUACUGGUACCUUUGAAAAAGUGACUAAAAAUUUAUAUCCAAAUUGUGGUAAAAUUGGUAAAGUUUAUCCAAUAUCAUUACAAAAUAAUAAACAAUUAGUAAAUUCAAUACUUCAUAAAGAAUAUGGUAUAGAUAUUGUAAUUUUAGUAUUAGGUGUAAAUAUGAAUCCAAAUAAACCAGAUGCUUUUAAAGAAAAUUCAGAAUUAGCUAAACCUUUAUUAUUAGAAACUUAUCAUUCUUUAUUUAAUGCUUUAGAUAAUUUUUAA